AUGGAUGGUAAGCUUUACGCAGCUGCCAGACAUGGCGACCUGGUAAGCUUCGUGGAAGAAGCACGAAUCAAUGAAAUAGAAAGUGGCAGAAGUGAAGAGUAUUUUCUUCAAACCAAUGCUUUUAAAGAAAAUAUCCUUCACUUAGCAAUCCAAAGUGGGCAAAAUGAAUUCAUAGAAAAAGUUUUGAAGGGCGAGGAGUUAUUGCCAAGAGCAGUAACUGAUCAGCUGAUUAAGCAGCAGGAUUUUAGGGGAGAUACCCCUCUUCAUUAUGAGGCGUGGAUGGGAAACAUCAAGUUUUUCAAGUUGCUCUUUGAAUACCAACAGGAGGCUACGGUGUUGACGCCGGUGGGUAUGGCCUUGAGUUUGCAGAACAUAGACGGCAACACACCCUUGCACCUUGCACUUAUCAAAGGCAAGGAUGAGGUAGCUACAUUGUUGGCGAAGCACUCUUCAGACCUCACUCGCGGUAGGAAAAACAAAGACGGAAACACCCCUCUUCAUGUUGCCGCAUAG